AUGAAACAUACAGUUUUCAAAGUUGAUCAUUGGACAACGUUUGCUAAAGGUCGACUGGCUUGUACAUCUGAUUUUCCAUUAGCUGUAGAAUAUUUAAACACAGCACUAUCAUCUAUAACUUAUUUAGUUGGUCAUUCUAUUACACUGGCUGAUUUCUUUGUUUGGGAUACUUUAUAUUCAAGCAAUCUGUGGCAGAAGAUGAUUGUUAAGAAAGAUUGUCCAGUGAAUGUGUUAAGAUAUUACAAGUUUCUGUCUAAUGAUGAACUGUUCAAAUCUGUAUUACCACAACUACCUAAAGUUUCUGUACAGAAUGAUAAUGAAAGUUCUAUUAAGAAAGAUGAAGGAAAGUUUGUAGAGUUACCAGGUGCUAAAAUGGGAGAAGUUGUUGUUAGAUUUCCUCCUGAAGCUAGUGGAUAUUUACAUGUUGGCCAUGCUAAAGCUGCUCUACUCAAUCAAUACUAUCAACAAAGUUUUAAUGGUACAUUGAUUAUGAGAUUUGAUGAUACUAAUCCUGCUAAAGAAAAUGCUGAAUAUGAAAAGGUUAUUUUGGAAGAUUUAAAAUUACUAGGAAUAAAGUAUGAUAAAUUCUCUCAUACCUCAGACCAUUUUGAUAGUUUAUUACAAUACUGUGAAGAAAUGAUCAAGAAAAAGAAAGCGUAUGUUGAUGAUACUGAGCCUGAAGUAAUGAAACAAGAACGUGAAGAGAGAAUUGAUUCAAAACACAGAUCUAACAGUGUGGAGAAGAAUUUAAAGAUGUGGGAAGAUAUGAAGAAAGGUACUGAUUAUGGUAUUAAAUGUUGUGUACGAGCUAUGUUAGAUAUGAAGAGUGAUAAUGGAUGUAUGAGAGAUCCUACUAUAUAUAGAUGUAAACCUGAACCUCAUAUCAAAACUGGAGACAAAUAUAAAGUAUAUCCUACGUAUGAUUUUGCCUGUCCAAUAGUUGAUAGUGUUGAAGGAGUAACUCAUGCUUUAAGAACAACAGAAUAUCAUGAUAGAGAUGAUCAGUAUUUCUGGUUUAUUGAUGCUUUAGGUCUAAGAAAACCAUAUAUUUAUGAGUACAGUAGAUUAAAUCUACAGAAUACAGUGAUGUCUAAACGUAAAUUAACAUGGUUUGUUAAUGAAGGACUUGUUGAUGGAUGGGAUGAUCCAAGAUUUCCAACUGUAAGAGGUGUUUUAAGACAUGGUAUGACUGUAGAAGGCUUAAAACAAUUCAUUAUUUCUCAGGGCUCUUCAAGAUCUGUUAAUAUGAUGGAAUGGGAUAAAAUAUGGUCUGUUAAUAAAAAGGUAAUUGACCCUAUAGUACCAAGAUAUACUGCUUUACUAAAAGAUGAUGUAGUGCCCUUGAUAAUAAAAGAAGCUAAAACAGAAUCUAAACAAGUUGCAGCUCAUCCAAAGAAUAAAGAAGUAGGUGAGAAGACAGUAUGGUAUGGUAAUAAGAUCUAUAUAGAAGGUGCUGAUGCUAAAGUUAUAAAGGAAGGAGAAAUUGUUACCUUUAUUAACUGGGGUAAUUUGAAAAUUAAAACUAUUAAAAAGAACAGUAAAGGUGAAAUAGAAUCUAUUGAGGCAGAUCUUGAUUUGGCAAAUACUGAUUAUAAGAAGACUCAGAAGAUAACAUGGUUAUGUGAUUGUAAGGAAGGAGAGUUAAUACCUACUGUUUGUAUACAAUAUGAUCAUAUUAUAACUAAACCUGUACUAGCUAAAGAUGAAGACUUUAAAUCUUACAUCAACACAGAUUCCAAGAAAGAAGAAGUGAUGUUAGGUGAUCCAUGUUUAUCAUCAUUAAAGAAAGGUGAUAUGAUACAAUUACAGAGACGAGGAUAUUAUAUCUGUGAUCAGCCCUACCAACCAAUCAGUGCUAACACUGGUAAGGCUAGUCCCUGUGUGUUAUUGAGUAUACCUGAUGGACAUCAAAAAGAAAUGCCUACAGCUGGAUCAAAACAUAAAGCUGAAGUUAGUGCUAAAGAGAAAGUUUAUGGUAAAGAUUGGAAACCAGAUUUAAAGAUUGAAGCUGUAUCAUCAACAACAGCUGGAUCAGCAGCACCAGCAACAUCAAAUAAUAAUGAUGAUGUUGUUAAAUUAAAUCAACAAAUUAAAGAUCAAGGCAAUAUUGUUAGAGAAUUGAAGUCUGCUAAAGCUGAAAAAAGUAAAAUUGAUGAAGCUGUAAAAAUGUUAUUGAGCCUAAAAGGUGAUUUUAAGAAAGUUUAUGGUAAAGAUUGGAAACCAGAUUUAAAGAUUGAAGCUGUAUCAUCAACAACAACAGCUGCUCCAUCUAAUGGGGACCACGACCUUAACAAAUGGAAUCAACAAAUUACUGAUCAAGGAAACAAAGUCCGAGAUUUAAAAUCUAAAAAAGCAGAUAAGGGUGUGGUAGGAGAUGCAGUAAAGGUUUUAUUAGAUUUAAAAGAUAAAUUUAAAAAGAUAUUUGGUAGUGAUUGGAAACCAUCUAAUACUCCAGCCACCCCAACUACUCCACAACCAACACCAUCUUCUGAUAUGGCAGCUACAACUGAAUCUCCACAAGCUCUAGAUUUAAAAAGUAAAAUAGAUAAACAGGGAGAGGUAGUGAGAAAUCUCAAAUCUUCUGGAGGCAGUAAGGAUGCUAUUGAUAAAGAAGUAAAAACAUUACUAAGUUUAAAAUCAGACUAUAAAACAUUAACUGGUGAAGACGUACCAGGGGCAGCUCCCAAGAAAAAUAAGAAAGAUAAAGGUAAAGAUAAAGAAAACAAAGAUAAAUCUAAAGACAAACCUAAAGAGAUUAAGAAAGAAGAAAACAAAGAAGAUGAUUCAAGAGAAGUAAAGAAAAUAACAAGAUCUGUAUUGAUGAAAUAUUUUAGGUUAGGUUUAGAGGCAACAAAAGAAGAAAAUCUUCCUGACUGGUAUUCACAGAUUAUAACUAAAGCAGAAUUAAUAGAAUAUUAUGAUGUAAGUGGAUGCUAUAUAUUAAGACCAGGAGCCUAUGCUAUAUGGGAAAUGAUUAAAGAUUUUUUCGAUGGUGAAAUUAAGAAGUUAGGAGUUGAGAAUUGUUAUUUCCCUAUGUUUGUAUCUCAAGCAGCUUUAGAAAAAGAAAAAGAACAUAUUGCUGACUUCUCACCAGAGGUUGCCUGGGUAACCAAAUGUGGUCAAUCUAAAUUAGCUGAACCAGUAGCUAUCAGACCAACCAGUGAAACUGUUAUGUAUCCAUCCUAUGCUAAAUGGGUGAAAUCUCACCGUGAUCUACCAUUAAAACUCAAUCAAUGGUGCAAUGUUGUGAGAUGGGAAUUUAAACAUCCACAGCCAUUCUUACGUACUAGAGAAUUUUUAUGGCAGGAAGGUCACACUGCCUUCGCUACAAGAAAAGAAGCUGAAGAAGAGGUUUUAACUAUAUUAGAACUAUAUGCUAGAGUAUAUGAAGAUCUGUUAGCUAUACCAGUAGUAAGAGGAAAGAAAACAGAAAAGGAGAAAUUUGCUGGUGGUGAUUUUACUACUACAGUAGAGGCUUACAUCUCAGCUAGUGGAAGAGCUAUACAGGGAGCCACAUCUCAUCAUCUUGGUCAGAAUUUCUCUAAGAUGUUUGAGAUAGUAUUUGAUGAUCCAGAAACUCAAGAGAAGACAUUUGCUCAUCAGAAUUCCUGGGGUUUGACCACUAGAACUAUAGGUGUUAUGGUUAUGGUACAUGGUGAUAAUAAAGGACUAGUGGUACCACCAAGAGUAUCACAAAUACAGGCUAUAGUUGUACCAUGUGGUAUCACAGCUAAUCUACCCGAGGCUGAUAUGAAUAAUCUAAUGAGUAAAUGUGAAGAUUUAAGUAAAUCAUUAAUAGCUGGUGGUAUAAGAUCUAGAACAGAUCUGAGAGAUAAUUAUUCUCCAGGUUGGAAAUUCAAUCAUUGGGAAGUCAAGGGUGUUCCAAUAAGAGUAGAAUUAGGACCAAGAGAUAUAAAACAGAAAACAGUAGUAGCUGUUAGAAGAGAUACUGGUGAAAAGAUCACAUUAAAACAAGACAAUAUAGCUAAACAAAUAACAGAUUUAUUAGAUACCAUACAAUCGAGUCUUUAUAACAAAGCAAAGAAAGAGAUGGAUGAGCAUAUGGUAUUGUCUAAAGAUUGGGAUGAAUUCUGUAAUGCUCUAGAUAAAAAGUUCAUUAUUCAAGCCCCAUUCUGUGGUGAAAUACCAUGUGAAGAGAAGAUAAAGAAAGACAGUGCUAGAGAUGUUCAAGUAGAAGAAGGUGCUCCUGCUAUGGGAGCGAAAGGUUUAUGUAUACCAUUUAAACCAAUGGCAGAAUUAAAACCAAAAACAAAAUGUAUUCUUCCAAAUUGUAACAAGGAAGCCAAAUUCUAUACAUUAUUUGGUAGAAGUUAUUAG